GUCAAGUUUUUCUCGUCAGUAUUUUUUCAAAGCGUAACGCAAUACCAUUAAAUUAUCCAUUAAGGAAACGAUAAUUUUUUUUGACACUCAAAAAUUCGUAUAUUUUUCUACAACGAUUCAUUACGAACAGAAAAUUUCCUUUCCAGAAAUUCUACAAUUUCAGAUGAAAAUUGUCUCGCGAUGAAGAAACAAACUGAAACAUCAAGGGACGAACGUUCAAAAAAUAAUCGUCGAGUACCGAAAAUUAAUAUUUCAAAACCAGUUGAAGAUAACAUUGAAGUAAGAAAUUUAGAUGAUGACGAAGAGCUUAAUGAAGGAUUCGGAACGUGGAUACGUUCUGAUAAUGGUGUAGAAAUGAUGAAACUUUUCGUCAUUGCCAAUUCUAUUCUAGCUGUGAUAACAAUGGCUUGGCCAAGUUUACAAGAAACAUAUAGUAUUAUUCGAGAAUUAAUUAUGGGAGAUGAUUAA